UUGGCCAUUUGUCGAUGCGACGCCGUUAGCCGCGUGUCUCGUCUUCGGGAUAUCCGAUUUCCGUCUUGGCCUGGCCCAAAAAAAACCGAUUGUCGACGCUUUUUUGGUGGCACAGCGCGGCUGCCACGGGCAGCGUUCGAAAUCCAACUAGAAUCGUGUUGGCAACAGUCGUUACAAUCGACAAAACGUGAAAACCGCAUAACUCAUUUGCCAAAACAACCAAACCAAAAAGUAAAUAAAUAAAUAUCGAAGUGAACGUGAUACGUCCUCAACCCAAUUAGCAGUUAAAUAUAUAAACAUCAGCUAUCCAAAAUGCGUCGCAACAUCAAGUUGAUUGUAUUCGUGAGCAUCAUUUGGAUGUUCGUGAUGGUCUACUACUUCCAGUCCAGCACAGAAAAGGUGGAAAAUCGAGCGCUGCGGCUACGUGAGGUGGCCACCGUCAUGCAGCAGUACCAGGACGACUCCUCCUCGGUGGCCGCCGCCUCCACCGCCCGCCAGUGGGCACCAGCUGGCGGAGGAGCGGGUCCGGGAGCGGCGGCGGGUGCAGCUGGCAGCGGGGCCGACGAUCCCGGUGGCAAUGUCAUCCUAAUCGGCUCGGCGAGGGACUUCGAGCGCAAUGCGGUCCACGGCCUCAAGUUGAACGGGAUUGUGGCUCUGGAGGAGACAUCGCAGGGUCUCAGUGGAGGAACAGGUGGACCUGGUGGUCGCUUGCCAGUGGCUCCAAGUGGUCGUGGCACCGAGGUGGAGUACUUCAAUGAGGCGGGCUACAUUCGGGCGGGUGCUCUACGCAAUGGCGAAGAUCCCUAUAUAAGGAAUCGCUUCAAUCAGGAGGCCAGCGAUGCUCUGCCCAGCAAUCGGGAUAUACCCGACACCAGAAAUCCCAUGUGCCGAACCAAGAAGUACCGCGAAGAUCUGCCCGAGACAAGUGUCAUCAUUACCUUCCACAACGAGGCGAGGUCCACUUUGCUGCGAACCAUUGUGAGUGUCCUGAACCGCAGUCCCGAGCAUUUGAUACGCGAAAUCGUCCUGGUAGAUGACUACAGUGAUCAUCCUGAGGAUGGUCUGGAGCUGGCGAAGAUCGACAAGGUGCGAGUGAUCCGCAACGACAAGCGCGAGGGUCUGGUGAGGUCCAGGGUGAAGGGCGCGGAUGCGGCCGUGAGUAGUGUCCUGACCUUCCUGGACAGCCACGUGGAGUGCAACGAGAUGUGGCUGGAGCCUCUGCUGGAACGCGUUCGCGAGGAUCCCACCCGCGUCGUGUGCCCCGUGAUCGAUGUGAUCAGCAUGGACAACUUCCAGUAUAUCGGCGCCUCGGCCGAUCUGCGUGGCGGCUUCGACUGGAACCUGAUCUUCAAGUGGGAGUACCUUAGUCCAUCGGAGCGGGCGAUGCGCCACAACGACCCCACAACGGCCAUCCGGACACCGAUGAUCGCCGGCGGGCUGUUCGUCAUCGAUAAGGCGUACUUCAACAAACUGGGCAAGUACGACAUGAAGAUGGACGUGUGGGGCGGCGAGAAUCUGGAGAUCUCGUUCCGCGUGUGGCAGUGCGGUGGCAGCCUGGAAAUCAUACCCUGCAGCCGGGUGGGUCACGUAUUCCGCAAAAGGCAUCCGUACACCUUCCCCGGCGGAAGCGGCAACGUCUUCGCACGGAACACACGACGUGCGGCGGAGGUCUGGAUGGAUGACUACAAGCAGCAUUACUACAACGCCGUGCCACUCGCCAAGAACAUUCCCUUCGGCAACAUUGAUGACCGUCUGGCUUUGAAGGAGAAAUUGCAUUGCAAGCCGUUCAAAUGGUAUCUGGAGAAUGUCUAUCCCGACCUGCAGGCACCCGACCCACAGGAGGUUGGCCAAUUCCGACAGGAUAGCACCGAGUGCUUGGACACAAUGGGCCACUUAAUCGACGGCACUGUGGGAAUUUUCCCUUGCCACAACACCGGCGGCAAUCAGGAGUGGGCCUUCACGAAGCGCGGCGAGAUCAAGCACGACGACCUCUGCCUGACCCUGGUCACCUUCGCGCGGGGGUCACAGGUGGUCCUGAAGGCGUGCGACGACUCGGAGAACCAGCGGUGGAUCAUGCGGGAGGGCGGACUGGUGCGGCACUACAAGAUCAACGUGUGCCUGGACUCCAGGGAUCAGUCGCAGCAGGGCGUGAGUGCGCAGCACUGCAACUCGGCACUGGGAACGCAGAGAUGGUCCUUCGGGAAGUACGCGUGAGGAAGAGGACUUGGUUUCGAGUAAACUGGAGGAGGCGGAUAAUGCAGAUCGGUCGUGAUAUAUGUGCAAGUCGAUGGGAGGAAGCCUACCUAACGCGAUGCGGAUUGUAUGUGUACUGUACUGUGUACUCGUAAUGAUUUACCCAUGUUCAUUUGUUGCUGAACGCAAGCACUCAGACACACAUUAUAUAUAUAUAUUAACUGCAUGGAUACGGAAUAAGUUCAACUUUAGUUUAAAAUCGAAUCAACUGCUCCCGGGGGGUUAAUGUUAAACGCUACCUAAACGAAAAUCCAACACAUAAAGGGCAUACAAAAAAAGUACUUAGACUGAUUAAUUUUUUGUAUAUGUAUAAAACUAUAUGAAAACGAAAUGAUACUGUAACCCCAAUGCAACCUUUGGCAGCUGAUUAACACUAAACUGUAACUAAUUUGCAUUCUCACACGGCACACAUUCAUUCAAGUCAAUUAAGAUCUAUACGAAAAUGCCACAAAUUAGUAUCCACAUAUGGUCCGUUUCAGAAAACCUAGAUACCCAAGCUCAGAGUCUUCUCAACCUUGUACUUAAAAUAAAACAUGAAAUGUUAUCAUUAGUUCUAA